AUGAUGAUCACGGCAUAUCGGGAUUCAUCCAAAUUGGUUCAACGCCUCAGGGACAAGCAGACCAAUUCAAAGGAUUUCAUUCUACCAGAGGACCUCACGAAAGAGUUCGACGAGUCCCUGUUACUAGGGUGUGCAGCUGUCCAGAGUCAAUACGAUCACGAUGUCCGAAGGUUUGGUGAAACGUACGUACGAGGUGAUGCUGUUGCUCGAGAACAGAUGAAGGAUAUCCUUAUCACUUUGCAACAAAAUGUCAUUUCUCAUCUGCGCGAAGUUUUCAUGGAUGAGGCUUCACUCAAUUUACACGCCCUGAAAGAAACCUCAGAUGACUGUCGUGUCAACGCAACAGUCUCUCUGGGUCAACUGUAUCAGCGCAUGUCUACAGCUACAGCUGCGGUAAAGCAACUCCAUCGGCCAUAUGUCGAUGAGCCAGACAAGGUCCAUCUGCAGGGUUCACUCGCAUACUCAAGUAGUCGAAGUACUCAUUCUUCAUUCGGAGGCAGACCAUACGAUGCGCAAUCCUCGACCUCAUACACGACUUAUAGCUCGAAAACGGCAAUCGGACACGACCGCAAACCCUCUGGCGGAUUCACUCCACAGAGAAGAAUUUCGAUGAACUCGGCCAUGUCAUACUCUAGUGAGCGCGAUCGAGAUAGACCUCAAAUGAGAACACCAGGGGAAGAUAAUGUUCCAGCACUUCCCUUCCCAAUGCAGAGACAAGCAAGUCAGGGUCCAUUGGAUAGUGCGUCCACAGGUAGUGGACGCUUUCCCUCAAACAUCGACACGGAAACUGCUUCGAACCCUUCUUCGCCUCCACCCUACGCCGCCAAUUCUUUCAUUCACACGACCGAUGACAAGGGUCAGAAAUUUCCUCCAGGUUCAAGUUUCUAUGAGCCACCGGUAGCAGAAGUGCCCGAAAAUGCUAUUCAAAGUCCUAUUCCCACGCUCUCCCCUGGUAUGGCACAAGUCGAAAUUCGAUCUCGUGCCAUUCACAUCCAUGAGCUGGAUGACAAUUCCAAGGAUAUGCCUCCUCAUUCUACAGAUCAAGAUUCCUCGGUCGGAAGUCCUUCGAUCCCGCAAAGCCAGCUCGUCCCUCUGAACCCCGAAUACAGCACAUUGGAAUAUGUUGCAGCGCUAGAGUCUCGAAGUCGACCUCCUGCUGCUCUCGCAGCGUCCGUUGAAUAUCAACAAUAUAUGCAAGCCAUGAACAUGCAGAAUCAGUUACGCCCGCAACCUCUUUUCAGUCAAGGCGUCGUGCAGCAACGACAGUCUAUGAUUCGAGCCGAGUCAUUCCACACUUCCCCCAUGCAAAGUCACCUGUACAAUGGCCAGUAUCCACCUGUCGCACAGAACUAUUCCCAGCCUCUCGUACAAUCUCAGUUCGUGCAGCCAUAUCGACAUGUUGGGACAGGAAUUCAACAACAACAACCACCACCAUCUCAAACAAACUUCGAAGUGUCAAUGACCAAUACCCCAGCGACCAUUGACCCUUUGCUUCAAGCUAAGGUUCCAUCUAUACCGGCCUCAAACUCAAGACCACUAUCGAUAAGAUCAACGGCUUCCACAGGAUCCAGACUUGCUUCGUUUGCUUUAAGAAAGGCGUUGCCACCUGGAAUUGUCGAAGCGAUUAACAAGCCAGCGCCCCAUCCUCAAGAAGAACAACCCCGUUACAUCAAGCCUAAAGCGCUAGAUCUGACACAGAGUGACCGGUCAAGUACGACGGGUAGUAAUCCCACAUCUCCUAUCGCGCGACAUAUGAAUACGCUCUCCUUAGAUGAGAAGCCCCGACCACCAUCUUCGAAUGCGCCUUCGCUUGAAUCCACCAUGCGCGCUGUCGCCCCAUCGUCAUCUUCUAUCCAAAUCGCACGAUCGGAGCUCAAUCUACCCAGCGAAGCCAACCUCGGCGGUUUCUGCAAAGGUGCAGUCCGACAGCAGCUCGGCGGCCGCAAAAAAGGCUUUGGUGUUGAAUCAAAGAAAGGAGGCAAAGCAGGCCAAGAAUUCUGCUUCAGGUGUACCAAAUGUAACUUCGAAGGUCCCGCUGUCGUCUCAGCAGCACUUCCAAGCGGUGGUAGAGGCGCCGUCAAGCGAGAGAAGACCAUGGACACGAAAGUACGGACCUCAGGAGCCAUACGCUACCGCUGGGCGUUCCUCGCGAAGAGCCACAUCCUCAACAAGACAGCCAAUAGUGAUGCCACGAACGGUAACGACGCGUUUGGCUGCUAUUUCUGCUGUGCAGAGGGUGCGGCUAAGGGAUGGCUGGACGACGGCGGUGCUGCAAGUCAAGUUCAUGCGCAAUUGGCCACCCUAGGGACAUUUGGCGGCAAUAAACCAACAACAGCAGCUCACGUCACGCCGACUUUCCAUGGCUUGAAGGCUUUCAUGGCUCAUCUGGAAACUCACCGUCUCUCGGCCCGCUUGCCUGGUCUUGUGGCCGCGAACGAGAUGAAUUGUAUCAUCGGCAGGGUCGCACUUGACACGGAGGAUUUUGAUUUGAAUCUACCUCCCUUGGCGAGUUGA